CGCCCUGCUCACGUGAUGCGCCACGGGACGCUGCACGUGACGCGACCCGGAAGCCGGCGUUGCUGCGGGCUUUUCUCCCGGAGUCGCCAGCGUGCGGACUGUGAGGCCUGCUCUCCGGACUGCGGCGGCGGCGGCGGCGGCGGCAGCGGCGGUGGCGGUAGCGGCGGCAGCGGCAGGAUGUUCACGACGGGGGCGGAGAGUCUGCUCCUCCAGGCCAGGGAGAUCAGGGACGAGGAGCUGGGGAAGCUCUGUACCCGGGUCUGUGCGCUGCUGCGGAAGGAGGACUGGGGUUCCGACGCCCUGGACGCCCUGCGGAGGCUCUUCCUCAUUGUUUCGGCCACAAAAUACAGCAGGAGGCUGGAGAAGCCUUGCGUGGCGCUGCUGCAGACCACCCUCUGCUCGCCCACCUGCCCCGAGCAGCUCCAACUCCUCUGCGCCGCUGUCCUGAGAGAGAUGUCACCCUCCGACAGCCUGAGCCUCUCCUGCGACCACAUCCAGAACACGCGGCAGCUGGGCCUCGUGGCCUCUGUGCUCUUGGCCCAGGGUGACCAGCAGCAGGUCAGGAGCUUGGGCCAGCGCGUCCUCAAGGUCCUGGAGAGCCGGCAGCCCGAGGGGCCCAGCCUGAGGCACCUCCUCCCUGUCGUGUCCAAGGUCACCAGCCUGGCCCCGGACGCCCUCCACGAAGAGCAGACCAGGGCGCUCAGCAAGCGGCUGGGGGACUGGCUCCGCUACGCCAGCGUCCAGCAGGGGGUCGCCCACUCCUCCGGGGGCUUCUUCUCCACGCCCAGAGCCCGGCAGCUGGGCCCUGUCACCGAGGUGGAUGGGGCAGUGGCCACGGACUUCUUCACCGUGCUGUCCACGGGCCAGCGCUUCACGGAGGACCAGUGGCUGAAUGUGCAGGCCUUCUCCAUGCUGCGGGCCUGGCUGCUGGACAGCGAGCCUGGGGGCUCCGGCGCCCCGGAUGCAGACGACAAGUCGGAGCUGGAAGGCUCCACCCGGUCGGUGCUCUCGGCCACGUCCACCGCCAGCCACCUGCUGCCGCCCCAGGAGUGGCUGCGGGAGAAGGCCUUCGAGUACUGCCAGCGCCUGCUCGAGCAGAGUAACCGGCGAGCCCUGAGGAAGGCAGACUCAGACCUGCAGAAAGCAUGUCUGGUGGAGGCCGUGCUGGUGCUGGACGUGCUCUGCCGGCAGGACCCCUCCUUCCUGUACCGCACCCUCUCCUGCCUGAAGGCCCUGCACACGCGCCUGCGCGGGGACCCAGCCUGGGUGCGGGCGCUGCUGCCCGUGGCCCAGUUCUUCCUGCACCACGGGGAGGCGGCCGCAGUGGACGCAGAAGCUGUCUACCAGCACCUCUUCACCAGGAUCCCCGCUGAACAUUUCCACAGCCCGAUGCUGGCCUUCGAGUUCGUCCAGUUCUGCAGGGACAGCCUGCCUCUGUUCGGCAGAAACCUUGGCGUUCUCAGGACAAGCUUCCCCAACCUCUUCAAGUUCCUGGCUUGGAACAGCCCGCCCCUCACCUCCGACUUUGUGGCGCUCCUCCCGUCCCUGGUCGACGCAGGGACGGCCGUGGAGAUGCUCCACCUGCUGCUGGACCUGCCUUGUCUGACCGCAGCCUUGGACCUGCAGCUCAGGUCGCUGCAGGCUGCAUCCGAGAGGCCGCCCUGGGACAUCUCCAUCAGGGCCCCCGGCUGCCUGGAGGCCUUCCGGGACUCGCAGGUCCAUGGUCUCUUCCAGCACCUGCUGCGCGCCCAGGCCAGUGGGACCGCGGAGAGGUUGACGCCGCUCUACCGGCUGCUGCAGCCCCUGGCCGGCUGCGCCCGGGUGGUCCAGUGCGCCGAGGCCGUGCCCACCCUGCUCCAGGCGUUCUUCUCGGCGGUGACGCAGUUUGCUGACGGGACCCUGGCCAGCCAGCUGGCACUGCUGCUCCUGGAGCGAAGCGACUCGCUUUACCAGGUCCCGGGGUAUGAAGCCGGUGUGCACAGGGUGCUGAGCUCCCAGUUCCCGGCCUUGUGCAAGCUGCAUCCCCCGCUGGUGGUCGAGCAUGCGAAGGAGCUGCUAGAGUUUGUGGGCGGCCCCCGCGGCGGCGGGCACGUGCUCACGUCCGUGGUGUGGGCCAUCGGCGAGUACCUGUCGGUGUCCUGGGACCGGCGGUGCACCGUGGAGCAGAUCAACAACUUUUUCGAAGCCCUGGAGGCCCUGCUCUUCGAGGUCACCCAGUCGCGGCCCUCCACCACCCUUCCCAAGUGUCCUCCGCAGGUCAUCACCGUGCUCAUGACCACACUGACCAAGCUGGCCUCCCGGAGCCAAGACCUGAUUCCCAGGGUCUCCCUGCUCCUGUCAAAGAUGAGGAGCCUGGCCCAGAGCCCAGCCACGGGCUCCAUGCCCGGUGAGGAGGACGUGGGAGCCAUCCGCACGCGGGCUACCGAGCUGCUGAACCUGCUGAAGAUGCCCAGCGUGGCCCAGUUCGUGUUCACGCCCAGCGUGGAGGUGUCCGAGCCCCGCUAUCACCGUGACACCAACACGGCCCUGCCCCUGGUCCUGCGCACGGGUAGACUUAUGUGGUGGCUGAAAGUCCAGUCCAACGACCCGAGUUCAAAUCCGGCGGGGCCGGGCUGUCCCAGGCGUGUGAGCCGCAGCGGCAGAGCCGCCGGGGCCUCGGAGGCCGUGAGGACACGGGCAGGGCUGCGGCCCGGAGGAUGGCGCGCGAGCAGGGCGCACUCACCUGGGCCGGGCGCCCACUGCAGCCGCGCCGAGGGCGGACGAGGGUGGCUGCUUCCAGAGAGUGCUCGGAGGGCCCUCAGCACCCGCUCCCUGCCGGCGAGAAGCGGAGCUCGGAGGUCUUCCCCCUUCCCCGGGGCCCCAGCCCUUCCCUGCGGGAACUCUGCGCUGCCCGAGGCCCAGUGCCUGGGACACACCUUCCGGCCGCUGGUCCCUCCACGAGACCCCUUUCCACGUAAGGGGUGUAUCUGCAGCUGCCUGGCCGGGACCCUCUCGUCCCCAGAGUCUCUGUUCCUGUCAAAGAGGAGGACCCCAGCCCAGAACCCAGGGAGGCGGACACGGCCGAACCUGCCAAAGACACCCAGCCGGGAGGUGCCCGCGCCCGCUGCCACCGUGACACCAACACGGCCCUGCGCACGGUCAGGCGGGCCUCCCACCAGGGUGAAGCAAUGGCCACCAGGUGGACACCAGCCGGGCCGCAGACUGAGAGCCUGGGAUCGGCCAGCCUGGUAUUAG